UGUAAAUGCUCCAUUUUAAUUAUAUUAGGAGGACGGCCCUAUUCCCUGCCCAAUAAAAAUGGACCAGGGCUGACACCUGGUUAUAAACACAGGAAGGAUUCCAAAGUUGUAAUCGCACAUCGGCAGGGAAAAAAAACCCAACCGGCAUCUUCAAUAGACGCGAUGACCUCCAGUAAAGUUGAACUGCCAGGAGAGGUGAAGAACGACCCGGCUGCGCUCAUGGCAUCUCUCCAUCUGAUGCCCUCACCGGUACCCAAUCCUGAGAUCAAGUACACCAAGAUUUUUAUUAAUAAUGAAUGGCAUGAUUCCGUGAGCGGCAAGGUCUUCCCCACAUACAACCCUGCCACAGGAGAGAAGAUCUGUGAUGUCCAGGAAGCAGACAAGGCUGAUGUGGAUAGAGCCGUGGAAGCUGCACGUUCGGCCUUCUCUCUGGGUUCAGUAUGGAGGAAGAUGGAUGCAUCUGAACGCGGGAGGCUACUUUUCAAACUGGCUGAUCUGGUGGAGAGAGACAGUGCUUACCUUGCUACCCUGGAGUCUCUGGAUGGCGGCAAACCUUUCCUCCCCUGCUUCUUUGUGGACCUUCAGGGGAUCAUUAAAACAUUUCGUUAUUUCGCUGGAUGGGCAGAUAAGAUCCAUGGGUCCACAAUUCCAACUGAUGGAGAAUUUUUCACCCUCACCAGACAUGAGCCCAUUGGAGUGUGUGGACAGAUCAUUCCUUGGAACUUCCCCCUGGUGAUGACAGCAUGGAAAUUGGGGCCGGCACUGAGCUGCGGGAACACGGUUGUCCUGAAACCUGCUGAGCAAACCCCUCUCACCUGCCUCUACCUCGGCGCUCUGAUCAAAGAGGCUGGGUUUCCACCGGGAGUCGUCAAUAUUUUGCCAGGCUAUGGGCCAACCGCGGGAGCCGCGAUCUCUUCGCACAUGGGCAUAGACAAAGUGGCGUUCACAGGAUCGACUGAGGUAGGCAAGCUGAUCCAAGAAGCAGCAGGAAAGAGCAAUCUGAAGAGAGUCACGCUGGAGCUCGGGGGAAAGAGUCCCAACAUCAUUUUUGCAGAUGCUGAUUUUGAGCUAGCGGUAGAACAGGCCCAUCAGGGGGUUUUCUUCAAUAACGGUCAAUGCUGCACUGCUGGUUCUCGUAUCUUUGUUGAGGAGCCCAUUUAUGAUGAGUUUGUGAGAAGAAGUGCUGAGAGAGCACAGAGGAGGAAAGUGGGAAAUCCCUUUGACCCAACCACUGAACACGGACCUCAGGUGAGUGAGGAGCAGCAGAGACGUGUGCUGGAGCUCAUUCAGAGCGGCAUCACUGAAGGAGCCAAAUUGGAGUGUGGAGGCAAAGCUCCUGCUACUAAAGGCUUCUUUGUGGAGCCCACAGUCUUCUCUAAUGUGAAGGACCACAUGCGCAUCGCCAAGGAGGAGAUAUUUGGGCCGGUUCAGCAAAUCAUGAAGUUCAAAACCAUUGAAGAAGUGAUUGAGAGAGCCAACAACACAGAAUAUGGUCUGGCAGCGGCCGUCUUCACCAGGGAUAUCAGCAAGGCCAUGACCAUCUCUGCAGCCAUUCAGGCCGGCACCGUCUGGAUUAACUGUUAUAACGCCAUGUCCUGCCAGUGUCCUUUCGGAGGAUUCAAAAUGUCCGGCAAUGGCCGUGAACUCGGCGAGAUCGGACUGAAAGAGUACACAGAGGUGAAAACCAUUACGAUGAAGAUGUCAGGCAAGACGUCUUAAAGCACAGACAUGUACAUGUUCGUAGCAGCUGGAAGUCUUGAGGUUAGCCGUUAUCCUUUGGUGGCGUAUAGUGGUAAAACGCAGUAACCACCCAUCACUUCUGCAUUGGAGGGCCUCUUCUGCUGCAUCCUCAUAGGCUGUUAUCAUAAACUACCCUUCUUCUCCAUCUCCACCAUUAACUGCCUACACCCAUUCCAGCUGUGUGUCUUCCUUUCACCGGCUCCACUAACCAUACUAAAGCACUCGGGGUCCUGGUGAAGGAGGGCCACGCUUUUGACCACUGCACCGGCAGUGUGCAGACACUAACAGACUGUGACUUCUCUCUCAAUCUCUGAUCAUCUCCAGCAUCAAGAGGUUCGUUGUUUCAGAGACGCGUCAUUCUCAAACCUCAUCAUUAACUUACCUUUCCACUGGGUAGACACUGAGUAGGCAUAUUAGUUUGUACUAAGACCACUGAAGCUCUCAGAAAAAAAAGAUGUUUUCAUCGAGUGAGUAUUAAUUCUUAAAUUUGUGUAAUUGUUUUUUUUUUAUUUCAUUGUUUGAUUGUUUUUACAAUGUAUAACUUUGUCGAUGUCUUGACCAAUGUAAACGAAAAAUGUUUUACCUCAAAAAACAAAAAAAACAACAACAACAUAUCUGUGGUGUGUAUUUUUUGACAAAUGAUCAAUCAUCGAUGCCCAUUUAUUGUUAGGUUUAAAGAAUUAUGUACUAUGAAUAUAGAAGUUAAAGAUAUAGAGUAAUUUCUUCAUUAAAAAUGUUUUACUCAAAGGUGCUUUCCUAAUUGUCUUGUUACAGAAUUAUUCAUAUAUUCAUUCUCUUUCAGUUGCAUUUUUCAGAUGACUCUAAGUUUCAUGUCAAGCAGGGUGAGAACAGCCUGAGUCAGUUUGUUUGGUAAGAGAUUUUCAGACAAGAGCAGGAUAAAUGAAGCACCCAGUAGUGCAACUACCUUAGAAGUCGCAUUCCCAAAGAAACAGUCACAAUGGAUUUUCCCAGCGGUCCAGCCAAUCUGCUGAUAUCUUUAGUCAGACCAACACCAAUGAUGAAAGGACUUGGCCGCAUUACACAGCACUAGUCUGGAAGAGCAGAAAAGGACAGCGCAGAGCUUUGAACUAUCAGGCCGCUAAACUGAUAGCUUUCUUUCCUGUGUGUUUCCUGCAUGAGUCUUACGAAUUAGUAAGUGACAAAGUGGUUUGUUUCACCUCAAAGAGUGUCGCAUGUUUUGAUCAAGUGUGACCCAAUCAGCAGAGGAAAGUGUUGGAAGCUUGCAGACGGAUUGUUUAAUCCAUCUGACGUUGUUGCACAAUGGUGUCAUCGACCCUUCCCUCCUUAGGAGUCUGUCAAAUAGUAUUUAUAAUUCCCUGGAGCCUCAUAUGAUUACAGUGUACCAAGUUCACACCGAUAUUUCUACAUGACAGUAGUGUAAAAGCGCUGCUUUUUAGUAAGAAAAACAGGAUAAAUCAAUAAAUAGCGUUAUUACAGACUUUA